CCGGGCCCCUAAAGCGGACAAAGUGACAGAAGCUGCCGAGCUUGGAGGUGGGGUAGGUGCGUGACCCACAGAAAGGAGACAUGGAGAGAACAGCUGCAGCAUACGUGAACUGCAACGAGGAAGAUGAAAUGGAAAUCGUGGGCUACAGCCCCUGCUGCUGGAAGCUCGCGCUGGUCUCGCUGGGCACGGUGUGCAGCGGUGGCUUCCUUCUCCUCUUCCUCUACUGGCUGCCGGAGCUGAGCGUCAAGUGGACUUGUCGGGCCGUGCCGUUGCGGGACGCGCGGGUUGUGCUGCUGAGAACCACGGACGAAUUCCAGACCUGGUCCAGGGAAUGGGUCUGUUCUCUCCCUGCCCCGGGCACCGACCCCCUGGGCUUCCCCCGGCAGUCAGAGAGCAAGAGGCCCCUGUGCCAGGUGGGGACGACGGGCGAUGGGGGCUGUGAGGAACGGCUU